UUUUUACUCCCUAUCAAUCAGGGCGAUCUCGGCUCCGCGCUAUAAUGCCCCGGGCGCGCAGUAAAGAGGGCUGCCCGAGGGGAGAAGCGUCCCGACCGUCUGCUUUUUCCGACUCUGACGUUAGAGGAAAAAAAGGAGAAUAUGAUGGCGGUUUGGGCUGACGGAGGACGAGAGCGCAAGGCAGCGGCGAGGGCCCGCUGUGUUUUUUUAUGAUCUUUUGUACAAGCGGCGAAUGGCGGGCAGCUCGGAUCGUAGGGAGGGAUAGUCCUGCUGUCCCUAGAUUGAUUGAUAGGCGAUGGGCAGGCUUUUAUUUUCGUUAAAGAAACAGACGCGAUGUGUUUUUUCUCCCUUUUUUUCCUCGCAAGUCAGAAAAGAAGCCGUUUUUGUCUCUUCGCGGAGCGGACGGCGGUUUUUUCGGUUUGCUUUUUAUGUCGCGAGGCUGAAGUUUGCUUCCUUUUCGCCAGCGUCUUAUUCGAAUUUUCCGUUCCACCUUAAAUGGUGCAGCCGUUACAGAGUCUAAGCGUUGCACCAUUUAAGGUGGAACGGAACAUUCGAAUAAGAAGCUAGCGAAUUUAUCGGAUUUGUGUUUAAAUAGUUUCGAGAGCGCGAUUUGCGUAACUGUGAGACGGUGGUGUAUGUUAGUCGGUCUGUGUUGAGGAAGGUAGUUCCUCCUGUUUUAUUAGCCAGAGUAACGCUAAGUGAAGUCAGGGCAUGUUAUAAAACACGUUCAGGGGUAACAUGGCGGCUGUGGUGGCGUUUAGGAGCAGAUACGAAAAUAACUCCCCAGCGUAGCUAACGGACGAACCGCCUUCUCUGCUCGCCGCCGUUCAUUUUGGUGGCUAAACUGCGAUUGGGCUCAACAAGGGCCGGGCUAAUGCUGCCUGCAGCAGGUCGUUUGGUGGAAAGACGAGUCGGAAUGAGCUCCGUGGCUUGUCCGCUUGUUCCGUGCGACCGCCUUUCCUCACAGCAGCCCCACGAAGUCGGUCUGCUGUAGCGGACGAAGCCCAAGUCGGCUUGAUACUCGAGUGUUUUGUUCGCAUGUUAACGUUCCACCUUAAAUGGUGCAGCAUUUACAUUCUGGCGCCUGUAACUGCUGCACCAUUUAAGGUGGAACGGGGAAAUUCGAAUAGGAAGCCAGCUUCAGCUCGUUUCUGCUGUAAGACUACAUGAAGGCAGUUUCACUGUCUGUCUUCGUGGCUCAGUUUAACGUGACGCUAAUCUCUCAGUUAAACCACAGCCGAGAUAUAAAUGCAAAUAGCUGUGCUAACUAACUAACUAGCUGGCUGGUUCUGGUGAAGAAGAAAUGUUGUUGCUCUCCAUGACCCCCCCACCCCCGCUAUGAGUUGCAAGUUCACUUUAGGAGUUGAAUGACCUCGAAGUCUUGGACACAACACACACAUCUUAUGUUUCAGUCCAUGCAUGCCCUUGUGCCACAUUUAGAAAGUUGUGGUGCUGAAACUGGGUGCGCUAGAAAUGCUCAAGUGUUGUCAGCAGCAACAGUAACUAUGAUGACUUCCCCAUCGGUGGCCAUGGAGGAGUUCCAGGAGGCUGAACAGAUGCAAGAGGAGGAGCAUGCAGUGGGAGAAACGAAGGAGCAGUUGGAGGAGGAAGAGGAGAAAGAAGAGGAAGAGAGCGACCCAGUGCCAGCUGAACCACAGACUCCCAUGGAAGCCCAAAAAGCUGCCAUCUACAGACACCCCCUGUUCCCCCUCCUAGCACUGCUCUUUGAGAAGUGUGAACAGUCCACACAAAGUUCGGAGUGUGUGACGUCAGCAAGUUUUGAUGUAGACAUCCAGAACUUUGUCCGGAGUCAAGAGAAAGAGAGCAAGGCCUUCUUCAGCGAAGACCCAGAACUCGACAGCCUGAUGGUAAAGGCGAUCCAGGUGUUGCGGAUCCACCUGCUGGAGCUGGAGAAGGUGAAUGAUCUGUGUAAAGAUUUCUGCAGCCGAUAUAUCGCCUGCCUGAAGACCAAAAUGAACAGCGAGACUCUGCUGAGUAGCACUGAUCCUGGCAGUCCAUACUCACCUACACAGACCCCGAGCUCUUUUGCUGGGACUGUAAGUCCUCAGGGUAUUGUAGUACCAGCAUCCGCCUUGCAACAGGGCAGUGUUACCGUGACAACGGUAAACCCAACACAGGUAGUGUCAGGUGGUACUGUGUAUCAGCCAGUUACCGUUGUGACUCCAGAAGGCCAGAUGGUCACUCAGGCGCUUUCACCUGGCACGAUACACAUCCAGAACUCACAGCUCCAGCUGCAGCUGAACCAGGAUCUGAGUUUCCUGAGUCAAGAUGAAGGCUCAUCUAAGAGCAAACGGGGCAUUCUCCCUAAACAUGCCACCAGUAUCAUGCGCUCCUGGCUCUUCCAGCAUAUUGGGCACCCGUAUCCAACAGAAGAUGAGAAGAAGCAGAUCGCCCUGCAGACUAACCUCACCCUGCUACAAGUCAACAACUGGUUCAUUAAUGCACGGAGGCGGAUUCUGCAGCCCAUGCUGGACGCCAGUUCAUCAGACACACCCAAGAGCAAAAAGAAGACGCCACAGACACGCCCACUCCAGCGCUUCUGGCCUGACUCCCUCGCUUCCACUGUCUCCCAGCAACAGGUUGCCAUGGAGGACGGCACCAUGGUAGCAGUUGGCAUGGUAACUGGAGAAGACGGGCUGCAGACGCUGACAUCAGAUGGAGCGACACUGGCCAUGCAGCAGGUGAUGAUGGGAGGGCACAGCGAGGACGAUGACGAAGACGAUGAAGACGAAGAGGACAAUCUAUCCCACUCCGACAUGACCAGGCUAGGCCUGGAAACCAGCGACUCACUGUAGGAACAAGAAACUACUCACGUUCACACUCGCACACAGACAGAGGGACAUGUUAAAGUGUAUUAUUAACAUGACAGCAAAUGCAAAAAGUGAGGGGGUAAGAGAGAAGUAGAAAGAAAUGAGAGAGAGAAGGAAGGCGAGAGACAUUUGCUCAUUGCAGCAUUUAAACGAAUGGUCAUGGACUGCAUAUCACACUCAAGUUGUCAAACAGCUUGAUGAAUAAUAAAUUGAAGGCUCAAAGCCAUACACGCCAAAACAUAGUAUACACACGCAGACACCUGAAAGGAAAAAAAGCACAAGUGUACUACAUGUCUGGGGUUUCUCUACAUGUCUCGCACAUUGGUGAUAUGCAUCAGUUUCAUUUCAGAAACUUUUUUUUCUGUUUGUUUAUUCAGCAGCACACAAGAAACCUCAUGCACUUUUUAUAUGUUACUGUAAACGGCCGUGUUGAAAACACAGCAAAAAAAAGGAAAGAAAAAAAACAAAAAGAAAACUUAGGUCAAUGCUGGAUGAUUUGGCUUUACUCGUCUUUGUCUACUUGAGUAUCAAGACAAUGAGAUUACGUCUCUUGCAUGCCUGUGUUUGCAUCGUUUUCAGGCACCAGAGAAGAAGAGAAGAAGAAAACUAUUUUUAUAUUACACUGUCAAAACAAAUUGGUGCCGGUUUUGUGAGGUUUUUUUUUUUUUUGGCUCAGUUUCGCUGCAUUUUUGGAUAGUUUAUGUUAGCAAUGAGAAAAAAAAACACAUUUUGAUAUGAUGGCCCAGUUUUGGGGAAUUUUGAUAACGCUUCAUAACUGAAAUACUCUGAAAGUGGUUUUGCUAUAGUAAUAAGCUCUGAAGUAGAAUGGGGAAAAACAAGGCCUUACAUCUUUCAUGUUUCAUAUCAUAACAUGAGACUGGGCUCAUUUCUGCUUUAAAGGUCCAACAGCAUGUCCUCUUCAGUCAUAAUCGCCAUGGAAACCAUCACACAUACAAAAGAUCAAUAAUAAAUUAUGUAUGUUCACUUUAAGGUCAGUAUUUAUAAUGUGAGAAGGGACACUCAUUUUGUUUUGAUAAUUAAAACAUAAUCAUGAGGUGGUUUUUGGAAACACGACUCCACGAUUUCUUUGUUUAUCCCAAUUGUUGCACUGGAAAACUGGUAAACAAAAUCAUAAGCUACUAGCUGCCCUUUUAGAGUGUGCUUUAUCAAGAGUUCACCAACCAUCACAAUCAAGCCGAGACAUUUAGUGCUCCGAGUAUGUAAAAAAUUUUGCAUGGGUUUGUGCUUUAUUGCUGUAAAGUAAACAUAAACACUAUUAUUUACCAACAUCAUAUACUUUACAGUAGAACACGUGUAGGCCUACAGACAGUGUGUGGUUUUGCACGAUGUAAACUAUUAAGAAAAUGUACAGUCGGCCAGUUUCCACUUUGAAUCUCACUCCUGGUAUGUACCAUUUCACAUUCAGUAAAACUGUAGCCGGUGUUUUAUUUUCUUCCUCUUUUUUGGACUGUAUUUUUGCCAAAUAUGAAUAUUUCUUUGCAUUUCAAGAUCCGUCCGUUUUUGAAGUAUGAUGUCAUUUCUCAAACUGGAUGAGUUGAUUGCUGUUCAGUUUGUCAUUUUCAAGUGAGGCGCUUCAGCUUUCUCAUCAAACUGGGUUCUUAUUUUCAGCCGUCGUCUUGUGAUGCAGUGGACGAGGUCAGAUGAUGGCGAACAUGACCUCAGUUAGCUUUGCAUGGUGGCUUUCCACACGCAGCAUGUUUCCCUUUGAGAUUUAAAGGAACACUUCACCCAAACAUACUAAUGGAGGCUAAUAUGGCGUAGCUAACAAUGAAUGAAAUGAUGAAUUGAUCAGAUUUAGUUGGCAAAAUGCUACCUUGCACCUACUAGCUUUCUUUCAUCAAAACUUUGGGUGAAAUAUUCUUUUAAACAAUUCACUUUUUCUUUUUUUUAGGAUACUCUUGCUGCUUUUCACACACGCUCAUGUUUGCCUUUAUCUGUUUUGUAAUAAACUCAAUUACGUACAGUGUUUUUGCUUUUGCGUUUUUUUUUUCUUUUCUGUAUAGCUUGUAAAAACUACAGAACGAAUGCUGUUAUAUAAUUCUCUGCUCAUAAAUAUACUCUUUGAAUGCUCACUAAGCAUAAAUGCUUAAAAUUAUAUAUAUUAAGUGGGUAUACCACUGGAUUUGCAAAAUUCUGCAUAAUUCACUGGUUGCAUUGUAAACAAAGUCAUGCAGAUUAGAUUUAUGUGAAACGUGAACAUACACAUUUUUUUUAGUAAUGUUAAUUACAUGUAUUUUUUUAGUUUUUAUAGUAAUGUUAAUGUAAAAAAAAACUUGGCAUAUUUUGUCUUACACUCAGUUACAUUUAGUGUGUUAUCAAAAAAAUGUUUUACAACAAAAUUCUCUCUCAAGCAUUAAACUCUUUGGUUGUCUGGUUCCUACUGAUCAAUUCUGGCUCAGUAAGAUUCUCUAGAAUGGAAUUUUACACCAAACCACUCUGAAUGACUUUGUUUAUAGCUUAACCAUUAAAUUUUGCAGAAAUUUGGAAAAAUUUAUAGAAUUCCAAAUGAAAAGCAGUGCAGUAUCAUGUUUGUCCACAAGAAGUAGCUCUGAAGCAUAUUUAUUUUUGUUUCCCACCAAUGAAGGAGUGCUAACUGAAGCUGACAUUGAACAUAAAAAUAUACAACUUUACAAUUUU